AUGAAAGAACCAAUACCACCUCCCACGGCGAGUACUCCCAGCUACUCCUUUUCACCAUCGAAACAACUGCGAUUCCUUGUCAUCGGCGCCGGCUCUCGUGGAAACGCCUACGCCCGUGCAGUCACAACCGUAACACCGGGUGUAAUCCACGCAAUUGCCGAGCCCCACGCAUUCAAACGGCGCGAGUUCGGACGAAAAUAUAUAUGGGGCCUAUCCAAAUCCCCUCAAGAGCCUCAAGAGGGCCAGGAGUUCACAGAUUGGCGCGAAUGGGUGCAGUGGGAACUUGAGCGACGGAAGCGGGCGACUCAAAACAAUGAGGAUAACACAGCAGACAUAAACCCAACUCCCGUGGGGGUAGACGGUGUCUUCGUCUGCACACUAGACGAAACACAUGUCGAGAUCCUACAAGCCCUUGCUCCGCUCCAACUACACAUCCUCUGCGAGAAGCCACUUGCCCUCUCGCUGGACGACUGUCUAACAGUAUACCGAACGCUCCAACCACCAGAAGGCCCAAACAACACCCCCCAAGCCCCAAAGAAGAUAUUCUCAAUCGGCCACGUCCUCCGCUACAGUCCGCACAACAUCCUCCUUCGCAAACUCCUCCUGACAGACCGCGCAAUCGGCGACAUAGUCUCCCUAGAACACUGCGAGCCGGUCGGCUGGUGGCACUUCUCGCACAGCUACGUCCGGGGCAACUGGCGACGCGCAACAGCAGCGGGCGACGGUUCCCUCCUCACAAAAUCCUGCCACGACAUUGACUUCAUCCUCUGGCUCCUCUGCUCCCCACCCUCACCCGAAACAGCAUCCAAACAAGGCCACAAGCCGCACUUCCCGCGCUCGAUCUCGUCCGCCGGCACGAUGACGCAGUUCCGCCAAAAGCGCAAGCCCGUUUCCGCAGGCAACGCUACAAACUGUCUCUCCUGCCCCGCUGAAAGUGACUGUAACUACAGCGCGGUUAAAAUCUAUAAUGAGCACCAUCUCGCGACGGGUCACACGGCUUGGCCUGUUGACAUCGUCUGUCCGGAUAUCGAAGAUGUGUUCCGUGCCCAAGGCGGCAAGGCUGCCGAGUCGCUGCUCCUAUCCUGUCUUGCCGAGGACUAUGACCGGGAUACAGUGUCGGACUCGGAUAUCGCUGUGCGACCUUGGUACGGGCGGUGCGUCUACGAAGCGGAUAACAAUGUCUGCGAUGAUCAGGUUGUGACGUUUGCCUGGGAUGAUGAGGAUACAGUGCCGCAUCGACUUGCUAAAACGGCGAGUUUCCAUAUGAUUGCGCCAACGGAGAAACAGUGUGAGCGUCGAGGCCGGGUGUAUGGUACUACUGGCGAGGUUUCUUAUGAUAGUACAACUAUUACUGUUUAUGAUUUUGCUACGGCGAAGACUUCUGUUUUUGAUGUGCCGAAGCCACCACCGGGGCAGGUCGAAUCGCAUGGUGGCGGAGACUUCGGGCUUGCGAAGCAGUUUGUUAGCGCUGUUGAGGCAGUUGAGGGGGGUUGGAUGUUGAGACGGCACAAGCGAGGUUUGUUGGGUGUUCACUCGAGGAGGCGGUGCGGAGUCAUGCUGUCGUUUUUGCGGCGGAGGAGGCAAGGAGAGAGGAGAGAGUUGUUAAGUGGGAGAGCUGGUGGGGAGAGAAGUUGA